AUGCUUCGCUUCGCUGUUUUCGCCGUACUCGUUGCGGCCGCCGUGGCCGACACGUGCAUCCACUGCAUUUGCCUGCACGAGUCGGGCUGCAAGCCACUCGGCUGCCGCAUGGACGUCGGAUCGCUGUCUUGUGGAUAUUACCAGAUUAAACUGCCGUACUACGAGGAUUGCGGCCAGCCCGGCAAGAAGUCUGGCGAGAGCACCGAUGCCGCCUGGAAGAGGUGCUCCGAUGACCUGAACUGCGCGACGACCUGCGUCCAGAACUACUACAACCGCUACAAGGGCGGAUGCUCGACCUACGGAUUCGGCACCUGCGAGCAAAUGUCCCGUCUCCACAACGGAGGACCCGCCGGCUGCCGCAACUCUGGCACCCUCGGCUACUGGAACGUCAUCAAGAGCUGCUGCGGCUGCUCU